GAACUUUAAACGUGAAUAUAAAAGGCUGCAAAGUAUGCGCGCGUCGCUGAACGUCAUUGGAUUGGAGGGCGGAGUUUCGGGGCGGUGUGAGUCGCGCCGCAGUACACUCCCGGCCGGCGUGCGCCUCGCACGGCCUCAUGGUGGAACACGCGCUCGUAGACUGCACUCAGGCGAGCGCCAUGCAGACCCUGCCGCCACAACCACAUCGUGAAGCCGAUGAAGACCAGCUCGCCGACGAAUAUGUCCAAAAUUUUGAGCUGGAUCAUCUCGAAGAUCAUCAGUUAGUAAAACGAGAGCCUUUAAGGAAUGGAUGGCACGAAAUGGCUGAAAUACCUCCGUCAUGCGCUCGCGCUUGCCGUCCAUGGCCAGAUACCGGGCCGUACCCCCAACCACAUGUAGCUAUCGCUGUAGAUCCUAGUACACCUCCAGAGACACCACCAGCACCCCUCGGACGUAGCCCGUGUCGCGCGGCUUUAGUCGACGACGUGCUAUGGCUUCCUCACAUGCGUGAACCGUUGGAUAUGCGUACAGUGCCCUGUGGAAGUUUUGAGGAUUGGGAUCGGCGAGAAUGGAGAGAACAGGAUCACCAUAUACAACAAGUGGCACUACGUCCUGCGAGUUCAUGCUCAGCUCUAUCACCACGCACCAGUCAGCUUCCCUCCUAUCAACCUUCGUCGUGCGGCGAAGAUCUUAUUAGCGAUGAUCUUCUGAUGACAUUGAGCGUUCGUGAACUGAAUAAGCGUCUUCAUGGAUUUCCACGUGAAGACGUAACACGAUUGAAACAAAAACGACGCACAUUAAAAAACCGAGGAUACGCUCAAAACUGUCGCAGCAAGAGACUACAGCAACGACAAGAAUUGGAGCUGACAAAUCGAUCACUACAAGACGAGUUGCAUGUGCUGCAGCUGCAAGUGGCGCGAGUGACACACGAGAGGGACUUGCUCAAGCAGAGGCUAGCGAUGGUGGGUCGUGAGCACGCAGUCCCGCAGCACGCUCCUCCGACGCCGCACUCGUCACCCGAGUUUUUCUCGGAGCUGUGACGGCAAAGUUCGGCGUCGCGAGCCGGCGCCUCCGCUGCCUCGUCGUCGUGCGCGUGGCAGAGGUACUGAGAGCCCGGCGGGUCCCGCGAGCACGAUCACGCGCUGGACGCCGCCGCCGACAGCCCAGUCGUGCUUUUGUUAAGUUUGAAAUUCAAUUAUUAUCAGUUCCAGUUUUAUAGUUUUUUAUUGGUGGAACAAUGUAGUCGUGGUUUCCGACAGGAACGACUAUUCAAACACCGUGUUAAAUGUAUGGUUGUGUCGUAAGAUAUUCAUAGCUUCGUUAAAAUAUAUGUAUUAAAAUUAUAUGUAAGUUACAAUGACUCAAACAACUGAUUAAUCAAUAAUGUAAAUAGAUUCUUACAAAAGUAAAUUACGAAUAUUAUCUUUAGGAGAAUUUGUGUUUUCCUAAUAAAAUAUUCAUAAAACUAAUCUUUCAUUUAAGGUACAUAUGUAACGCAAUACUUUUCCUAUUUGUAUUUAUUAAAUACACUCCUACAAAACCUAACAUGGAGGAAUAACAAAGAUUGAAUAUUUUGUAUCAAAUAAAAAUACAUAUAAAACAUUUUUUAUAAUAUUUAUAUCAUUUAUAUGUCCAUACUUGCCUAAACAAUAAAAUAACACGAGUAUAUUGUAGACAAGCUAUUGUUUUUUGGCUAG